AUGCAAACUCAGUACAUUGCCCUAGCCUGGUUUCUCAUCCUGGUCACAGUUGGCGUAAUCGUGGUUCUUAGCAUUGCCAUUGUGGUCAAACGGCGAGUUGCUCGCCGUAAAAGUCGAAUUGAUCGUGGAGUUUACACACCGUAUGGAUAUGGACUAUCAAAAAUUUGGAAAGAGCGCGUUGAACGGCACCUUAACGGAACGGUGCGCGUGCGCACAGAACCUCGCGUUUUCGCUAUUUGCCCUGGUAUGGAAGCCCCUCCCAUACGUGGAAUACAUGCCUUUUUGAUGACAGCUCGUGAUGAUGCUAUGAACCCACCAGCUCCACGGGAACGUAUUGAAGAAUACUGUCGCUUAUAUCUGUGGGCUCGCCAUGAUUUGGACCCCUUUGGUGAGGCUGAGUACAAAAAAUUGUGUGAGGUUCAAAGUCACCUGAUGGCCCACGUUGCUCGUGCUGCUGCGCUGCAUGACUCCGGUGCCUCCAACACUCCAAGCACAACGUGUUUGCGUAGAAACUCUGCGAAACAUUUUAGUAUGGGUCGUCUGCACCAUAACCUAAAAGCUCAUGCCGGAAAAUCAUCUGACGUUCUAUGCACCCAUUCACGCUCUUCGACCAAGUCAGACCUCACUCGUAUGGAUCGAACACACUCCUCUUUGAAAUCCCCAGCGAAUAUUUCAUUGAAGAGGCUAUCUCAUGGUCACCGAAAAGGACAUGAACUGCUUGUGUCUCUUGGUGAACCCCCAACCGAACCUGCUGUCACAGUGAGCACGAAGUCGGCCCAGGCAGUUUAUUCUAAGCCACUGGUUCGAUCUGAUACCGAUGGUAUCCCAUCGGUCAAUGUUAACUCCGCCAACACCGCUGGCCAAAGCCGUCGGGGCAGUUGUCAAAGUGAUGGAUCCCAAACUGCUUUGAUCGAUUUGGAGCCGUCUAUAGUUAAUCCGAAAAGCUCCACACAGGCAGCAAGAAAUCCGCGUUCCAACGAUGCUUUUGAAGUCGUGGAGAAAAAAUCGAUACUUGGUGUCCCUCUGGAAACACUGACCGGUUCUGGCGGUGGUCUUCCCGGUCGCGGGGCCAACUGUUGAUCUCAGACUUCCAUCUUCUUACUCGCCUGACUUAUUUUUGUUUGUUUUUAUAAUUUUGUGAAUUCUACGUUGGCUUCCAUAUUUAAUUUCUGUACAUAAACUGUUCCGCUUCCUUUGCCUAACAUGUUGUUUUGCACUUUGGGUUCGAUUUACUUUACUUCAAUA